AAUCGACUGUUGAAAUUCCAAUGCUAAGCAACUUUAGCCAGCGUGCUAACAUGUAAAUUAGCCAAUGUGUAGAACUAUAUAAUGUGCUGCGCAAUCCCGAAUUCAAGCGCGUGACUGAUAUUUAUUUCCAAAAAAUAGGCACAUUUUGAAAUUUGCCUUGAUGUUUGCUACUGCGCGUGUCUCGGCUCCCGCAACCAACAUGUCCAGUUAGCCCGAACGCAGCAUUCGGUGGGUAACGAACCUGGCGAGCUAGCCAAGAGCCCAUUUGGACUGUGGCUGUGUGGAGGGUUCUGAAGCGGUUUCGUCGCUCACAGGACAAUAAAGCCGGAUGCUGUGACUACAAUGAGUCCCGGAGGCUGCCCCCAUGUCAAUGGCUUCAAAGUGGACAACUGGAAGCAGAACCUGAGGCUCAUUUAUCAGUGUUUCGUGUGGAGCGGUUCCGCUGAGACCAGAAAACGCAAGGCAAAAAGGAUGGACAGUCCAAGCUGUGGGUUGGAGGACAACACAUUAGCAUCCUCCAACUGGAAGGCCAAGUCAUGUAUCUGUCACAUGUGCGGCGCCCACCUCAACAGACUCCACUCCUGCCUCUACUGCGUCUUCUUCGCCUGCUUUGCCAAAAAACAUAUCCACGAACAUGCCAAGAGCAAAAGACAUAACCUAGCUAUCGACCUGCUGUACGGGGGAAUUUACUGCUUUAUGUGCCAAGACUACAUUUAUGACAAAGAGAUGGAACAGAUUGCCAAAGAUGAGCAAAGAAAAGCCUGGAAGAUGCAAGGGAUAGGGGAGAAGUUCUCAACGUGGGAGCCCACUAAGAGGGAGCUGGAGCUGCUCCGACAUAAUCCCAAGAGGAGGAGAAUCACCUCCAACUGUACAAUCGGUCUGCGUGGUCUGAUAAACCUGGGCAACACGUGCUUCAUGAACUGCAUCGUCCAGGCGCUAACACACACUCCGCUACUACGAGACUUCUUCCUGUCCGACCGACACAAAUGUGAAAUGCAGAGCAACUCCUGCCUGGUGUGUGAGAUGUCGCAGCUGUUCCAGGAGGUGACUGUCUUCUCAGAGUUCUACUCAGGCCACCGCUCGCCACACAUCCCGUUCCGCCUCCUCCACCUGGUGUGGACCCACGCCCGUCACCUAGCCGGCUACGAGCAGCAGGACGCCCACGAAUUCCUCAUCGCGGCGCUGGACGUCCUUCACAGACACUGCAAAGAUGACAACGGGAAGAAAGCCAAUAACCCGAACCACUGUAACUGCAUCAUCGACCAAAUCUUCACAGGAGGCCUGCAGUCUGACGUCACCUGCCAAGUCUGCCAUGGCGUGUCAACAACCAUAGACCCGUUCUGGGACAUCAGCCUGGACCUGCCGGGCUCCUCCACACCAUUCUGGCCCCUCAGUCCUGGAGGAGACUUAUCAGCACUUAAUGGAGAAAGUCACACCACUGGAGCCACAACCCUCACCGACUGUCUGCGCAGAUUCACCAGACCGGAGCACCUCGGCAGCAGUGCCAAGAUCAAGUGCAGUGGUUGCCAUAGUUACCAAGAGUCCACCAAGCAGCUGACCAUGAAGAAGCUUCCCAUCGUAGCCUGCUUCCACCUCAAAAGGUUUGAGCAUUCAGCCAAACUGCGGCGGAAGAUUACAACGUAUGUCUCCUUUCCACUGGAGCUGGACAUGACGCCUUUCAUGGCCUCCAGUAAAGAAAGCCGGAUGAACGGGCAGUAUCAGCAAACUGUGGACCCAUUUAACAAUGACAACAAGUACAGUUUGUUUGCAGUGGUUAACCACCAGGGGACACUAGAGAGCGGCCAUUACACCACCUUCAUCCGGCAGCACAAGGACCAGUGGUUUAAGUGUGAUGAUGCCAUCAUCACCAAGGCUAGCAUCAAGGACGUACUAGAUAGCGAAGGGUACCUUCUGUUUUACCACAAACAGUUCCUGGAGUACGAAUAGUCUGAGCCCACGGGAGGAGCUGAGGCGGGGAAACCUUCAGCUCUCACGCUAACAUGGACCCACCGUUACUACGCUCUAGACCAGAUCCACUGUCUGCUGUGCUAAAUAUAGCAAACUACAAGGACCCACACAAAUGCUACAAAUACACAAGAGAGCUUUGCAGAUGUUUUCACUUGAAUUCAGGGCAUGAUGAAGAAAGAAGCUGUGAUAGUCUGUGCCUGCUUGCAGAUGAUAGAGGAAUUGCCUCAUAUGCCUACGUUUUUCUGUCAAUGGGCACAGACAAAAGAAACGGGGAAGUUUUACUUGAUCCCAAAUGCUGUUCUUCACCCAUCUCUGGCUUCAUGCUUCCACAGCUGCACAUUUUAGCAUCCAGGUAGAUCUGCAGCUUCCCUCUGGGGUACAAAGCUCUGCUUUAGGAAAGCUCUGCUUUUACCUCUUCUCAUCCCCCUUCCUGUCAAGGAUUGAAACCGAGAUAUUUCUGGACACAAGCACAUGUUUCUAACACAUCCAUGCUCGUCCAAAAGACCAAAUAUUGUCUCAUGAUCCAUUGUGUUUUUUAAACUAUAGUGGGGGGAAAUCACAAUCACUAUUUUGAAUUUUAUUCCAUUAAUUGCUUAUGAGUGCUAGUUUAAAAAAAAACAAAACACAAAAAAAACCCAGUUAUUUUCAACCUCUCUUCCAGCUACCAACAGUCAAAGAGGGCAAACAGAAACAGUGAAUAUUAUAUUUUUGUACAUCUUGCAUUUAAAAAGUUUGUUUACGGUUUUUUCAUCCUCUUUAAACUCUCGCGUCGUUUCCCUUUUGUUAGGUCGUGUCGUCAAUCUUGAUUUUUUUUUUUUUUUUUUGUACAUGCGAAGAAAACAGUUUAAGGAUUUUUGUGAAAAUGCUGCUAUAGCUUCCUUUUUUCUUUUUUUUUUUCUUUUUUCCUGAUAAAUAUUCUCCAUGUUGAAAACAUGUCAUUAUGCUGUUUCAGGUAAACAGUUGAAAAGAAAUGAAAACAGAAAGCAGAGAAAUGUUGUAUGUGAUGGAUGAGAAGCUCAGUCCUGCAGUGUUAACUGUCGACAGCAUGUCACUGUGUGUUUGUGUGAAUGUGUGCACAUGUAUCUGUCAGAGAGGAAGAAAAAAAAAGAAAGAAAACCUCAGAGUAGGUGUGUUUAUAUAAAUUGCAUAUAGAGAGGGUUAAUAAAACAAAAGUGUGUGUUUCUGUUUGUAUGCACAUGGGUUGUGUGCGUGCAUAUGCAACUGUAUGUUUGUGUACUGAAUCAGUACUUUGAGCAUGCCGUCUGAGCUGGGUAUCACAGUUUGAUAAGAGUUUGUUUUUUUUUUUCCCCCACAUGUUGAUGAUGUAUGUAAAGCGUAUGUGUACAGUUUGUAUGUGUGAGACAAAAUGGUGAAACCUCAAAGUUAAUUUGUUCUUCUGUAAUGCUGAAUCCAGCCGUAAUCACAGCCGGUCAGUCAUUCCUCGCACACAGUCGGUACCGCUGCAAGAACAGGACACAGUGAUGGAAAAAUACACUCAAAUAAAGAAAAUCUAUAUCUGUAAA